CAAUGAAGAAUCCGUGGAAGACACCCCUCGGCGAUUCAGGAUUCCCAUCGUCAACUGGAGCAGGGCUGGGCGUAGCAAGGGGCAGUUCGAAGUUGCCUUGUGCCACCCAGUAGGAGCUGGAAAAUUUGUUUCGGCAUGAGUAGGUACACUGAUCUCCGCCUGUUCACACUUCCUCCGCCACCUCCUCUAGCUUCUGCCUACUGAGGCUACGCCCAAACAACAGCAACCCCUCAAGAAAUACCGACGCUUUGGAACAGUCAAUCGACCCCCGAGCAUACAAUGGACGGCAGAAAGCUACUUGUUCUGGGUGCAACCAGCCCGACGGGCCAGCUUGUCGUGGAGCGAGCCCUGGAGCUCAAGUGGCAGGCUACCGUAUGCAGGAGGCGAACACUGCCAGAGCACGCUGCGAAUGCGCAGAUAAAGACGAUUGAAGGCGCUCUUGACAACAAAUCAGGCCUCCGCGCAACCAUCAGCGGCCAAGAUGUCAUCAUCUCCGUCUUUGGCCCCUCAAAGCCUGGAGCGCCGACCAAUAUCUUUGUGCCUGCCUACGAGCUUAUCCUAUCGACCAUGAAGUCCGAGCCUAAUUUUCUGCGCUGGUUCCUUGUGACCGCCCUCUGGGCAACCGCGCAUAAAGUCUGGAAGACUAUUAUUGACAUCUCCAAGGUAUUUGAUGAGCAGGGCAAGGAUGUUGAGUGGACUUUGUUUCGUGUCGGAUUCCUGGCAAAUGGGCCGCCUAUGAAGGCUGUUAAUGGAUAUGUUGGCGAUGGUACGGUAGGCAUGUACUUGAGGCGCGCGGAUAUUGCCGUAUGGACUCUCUCACAGGCCGAGAAGUCUGCUCCGCAAUGGGUCAGACAGCACCCCGGCAUAUCUUCCGACAUCUGA